AGCAAUUGAGGCAUAAAUUUUAAUUCAUUCCCUAACGUCUUGCUGAAUGGUAAUACUGUUUUCUUUAUAUUGCAGGCUGAUCAACUGACAGAAGAGCAGAUUGCAGAAUUCAAAGAAGCUUUUUCACUAUUUGACAAGGAUGGUGAUGGUACUAUAACAACAAAGGAGUUGGGAACAGUGAUGAGGUCACUUGGUCAAAACCCAACAGAAGCGGAAUUGCAGGAUAUGAUCAAUGAAGUAGAUGCUGAUGGCAAUGGCACCAUUGACUUUCCAGAGUUUCUCACAAUGAUGGCAAGAAAAAUGAAAGAUACAGACAGUGAAGAAGAAAUUAGAGAAGCAUUCCGUGUGUUUGAUAAGGAUGGGAAUGGAUAUAUUAGUGCUGCAGAACUUCGCCAUGUGAUGACAAAUCUUGGAGAGAAGUUAACAGAUGAAGAAGUUGAUGAAAUGAUUAGGGAAGCAGAUAUUGAUGGUGAUGGUCAAGUAAACUAUGAAGAGUUUGUACAAAUGAUGACAGCGAAGUGAAGACAUUGUACAGAAUGUGUUAAAUUUCUUGUACAAAAUUGUUUAUUUGCCUUUUCUCUGUUUGUAACUUAUCUGUAAAAGGUUUUUUCCCUUACUGUCAAAAGAAUAUGCAUGUAUAGUAAUUAGAACUCCAUUCCUUCAUGUUUCUUCUCCCUUUAUCUUCCUGUUAUUGUUCUGAUUUUUGGAAAAUUGAUCUAAGUAACAAAUGUUGCAUGUGGCUUACUCUGGAUAUUUAAGCCCUUCUGCACAUCUAAAGUUAAGUGGAGUUGGUCAAGUGAAGGAACAACAUGUAUUCAACAUGUUGAAAUGUGGAGUCUUAACUCUGUGUGGACUAUUGACAGUCAACAAUAUGAAACUUUAAAAGUUGCACUACUGCAAAACGGGUGUAUUAUCCAGGUACUCGUACACAAUUUUUUUUGUACUGCUGGUCUUGUACCAGAAAACAUUUUUUUUUUUUUCUUUCUCCUAUGGUUACUAUGCUUUUUAAACUUUGUUUAGCCACUUAUUUUCAAGAGAAUCUGCUUAUGGCACAAUUUGCCUCAAAUCCAUUCCAAGUUGUAUAUUUGUUUUCCAAUAAAAAAUUACAAUUUA